CUGUUUUCUAAAGUAAAGAACAUUACCACAAGCUGACAACAAUGUCAGAAGAACCACCUCAGGAGGUGUUACUUGCUACUUAUAUAAUCACAUUCCUGAUUGGGUUUCCUAAUAGUGUGCUGGCGUUCUUCUCAUGCAUUCGCAAGAUUCACAUUAAACCCAUCCCCAUUGACAUUAUCAUGCUGAACCUCGCUAUUUCUGACCUCAUCUUCCUCACCUGCCUGCCCAUCAAGAUGAAAGAGGCCGCAGAUAACAUGGUUUGGAAAAUGCCCUCUGGUGUGUGCCGCUCCGAUGUGUUUGUCUACUUACUUCCCGUCUAUUCCAGCAGCCUGUUCUUGACAGCAAUAGGUGCUGAGCGCUAUGUGUGUAUAGCGUUUCCAGUUAAGUAUAGAAGUCCGAAGAGAAUCAUUUAUACAAUACCUAUAUGUGUUGUCAUCUGGGUGCUUGUUGCCGCAAUUUUUACAUUUGUUUACAAGGCAGUAUCCACGGAUUCUGGUGUAGCGGUCAACACCACAAAUCAGCAAACUGAGAGAUGUUACAGUAACUUCACAGAGAAACAGCUCGCAAAACUGCUUCCAGUGCAGAUGGGUUUAGCAGUGGUGUUUUUCUUUCUACCCCUCCUUACCUGCUGCUUCUGUUACAUCAAUUUCAUUCGUAAUUUGUUAAAGCUUCCACUCAUCAAGCGACAACGUAGACUCCGGGCAGUUGGACUGGCUCUGGGAACUCUCCUUGUGUUCGCCAGCUGUUUUGCACCCUACAAUAUAUCACAUGUAGUGGCCUUCGUCAAAAAAGAAAAUCCAAAGUGGCGCACGACAGCUUUAAUCCUGAGCACUUUAAAUGCAUGUUAUGAUCCUAUUAUAUUUUUCUGUAUCUCUAGGGAGAUGAGAAGUGCAAUCAAAGUAUGUGCUAAGUUUUUUUUUCGGUGUUAUGCCUAUUUAAAGGGUCAGUUCACCCAAAACAUCAAAUAA